AUGGCCGUCUCAGCGCUCGACUCUCGCAUCUUCCGCAACCUGUUCGGCACGGCCGAGAUCCGCGCCAUCUUCAGCGAUGAAGCAUAUGUGCGGCAACUCAUCCAUGUCGAAGCAGCGCUUGCCCGUGCUGAGUCUACCGCUGGCGUCAUCCCCGCGGCGGCCGGCGGCGUCAUCACGGAUGCGUUGCGGGGUGCCAAGAUAGACUUCGAGAGGCUUGCUGAUGAGACGGACAUCGUGGGGUAUCCGAUUCUGCCGCUGGUGAGGCAACUGGUGGACGCCACGCCUGAGGAGUAUGGACGCUAUAUCCACUGGGGGGCCACGACGCAAGAUAUCAUGGACGAUGCAUCUGUGUUGCAGAUCCGAGAGGGACUGAAGGUCGUGCGGCGACAUGUGGACGAGCUGAUUGGGAUCCUCGAGCGAUUGUCAAAGGAGCAUCGAGACACGCCAAUGGCAGGCCGAACGCAUCUACAACACGCCCUACCAGUAACCUUUGGCUACAAGUGUGCAGUGUAUCUGUCGAGUACCAUUCGGCAUCGAGAGCGACUGACCGAGAUUGAGAAACGCUGCCUACUUGUGCAAUUCGGUGGAGCUGCGGGCACGCUGGCAUCGUUGGGGGACCAGGGCAUUGAGGUGCGGGCGCAGUUGGCAAAGGAGCUAAGCUUGCAGGAUACGCCGAUAACCUGGCACGUUGCUCGAGACAACAUUGCCGAGAUUGUAAACUUUCUCGCGCUGGUAGGUGGCUCAUUGGGCAAGAUAGCGUACGACAUCAUCAUCAUGUCCUCCAACGAGCUCGGCGAAGUGUCCGAACCGUUUGUGCCCCAUCGUGGCGCGUCUUCGACUAUGCCACAGAAGAGAAACCCGAUCUCGAGUGAAGUCAUUCUUGCGGCGUCAAAGCUGCUAAGAGCUGACGCAAGUCUCUGUCUGGACGCCAUGGUGUCGGACUUUGAGCGAGCGUCUGGGCCGUGGCACCUCGAGUGGGUGGCUGUUCCCGAAGCCUUUGUGCUGGCAGUCGGUGCACUUCACCAGACAAACUUUGCUUUGGCGGGCCUCGUGGUCAAUACAGGAGCAAUGGCGAGGAAUCUGCACUCGACAAGGGGCUUGAUCGUUGGUGAGGCCGUUAUGAUGGGUCUAGCACCGGUCAUGGGACGGCAAAAGGCGCACGAUGUUGUCUAUGGUGCUUGCAAGACCGCAAUCGAGUCUGACCAGUCUCUGCUCGAGGCGUUGACGAGCCUGCCCGAGGUGAUGGAAAAGCUCCUCGACGCCAUCAAGAUACCCCAAACACCCUCUGACUUCGCAUUCUGCUUUGAUAUCGAUGGCGUCCUUCUCCGCAGUGCAACCCCCAUACCCGGAGCCACCGAGGCUCUUCAGACUCUCCAAGCCAACCGAAUCCCCUUCCUCCUGCUCACCAAUGGUGGUGGAAAGCAUGAGUCGGAGAGGGUGGCAGAGCUGUCCCACAAGCUGUCCGUCCCAUUGGAUACCUCCCUCUUCGUGCAAAGCCAUACGCCGUUCAGUGAUCUCGGCGAUCAAGAAAAUUUGAAAGAUAAAUGCGUACUGAUCGUGGGCGGCGACGGCGCCAAAUGUCGAGAGGUCGCUGAAGCAUACGGGUACACCAAUAUUGUCACACCCGCCGAUAUCUACGCCGCUCACCCAGAAGUUUGGCCCUUUAGCAAAAACUUUGACGAUUACUAUCGCUCCUUUGCGCGCCCACUCCCACGGCCCAUCAAUACAGACUCCCCAGCCGAUAGCUUGAAGAUUGAUGCCGUCUUCGUCUACAACGACCCGAGAGACUGGGGCCUGGACUGCCAACUCCUAGUCGACCUCAUGCUGUCUCGCGAGGGCAUCCUCGGCACACUCUCGUCCAAGAAUGGUGACAAUUCACUCCCCAAUUGCGGCUUUCUGCAGGACGGUCAGCCAAUGAUGUACUUCUCCAAUCCUGACAGUCUAUGGGCUGCCACGUACGCCCUGCCGCGACUCGGGCAAGGAGGCUUUCGCGGUGCCCUUCAGGGUACUUGGUCGUCAGUCACCCACGUGCUUAGUCCGACGAGACAACCCGUCAGCAUGAAGAGCAAGUGUAACGUUAUUGGCAAGCCCCACAAGACCACGUACGAAUUCUCGGAAAAGCAACUUAUGAAGCACCGAACGGCGCUCUUUGACGGAUCAGAGUCUCCUCCUCUCAAAACCGUCUACAUGGUUGGCGACAAUCCUGAGAGUGACAUUUGUGGUGCGAACUCAUAUCGAUCGAAGCACGGGGUACAGUGGGUUUCGAUCUUGACAAGGACCGGUGUAUGGGAUGGAUCGCCAUUGACAUUGAAGGCUUUGAACCGGGAACCGAAGCACAUCGUCAACGAUGUAGCUCAAGCCGUGGCUCUUGGAUUGAAGCAGUCUACACUGCAUCAAGGUUGA